CCGAGCGGCUGGUCUUUCGUUUCGCCGAUACAUGCUCGAUAGAGUCGGGAGAUGAAGGGCAUGGGUCAGAUCCGGAACUCAGAGUCCGCUGUGGUAUAAAUGAUGGAGGCGGUGGUGAUGGUAGAGAGAGUCGGGCGGUUGUGCGGGGCGAAUGUUGGUUGCUAGCUCGCAUUGGGACAUGUGGCGCUUCUGCCCUAGGUGGAUGCUGAGAAUGUUGAUGGUUGUGGUACGAGAUUUCAGGGCCUGCCGGAAUGGGUGCAGGUUGAUGGGACGGAGGCUCAUGGUAAAGCGAUGGCAUGUACAAUGGGAGUGGGUGUGCUGGCGGACAGCACGGGUGCGUUGCGUAGCAUGGCGCACUUGGAGUCGGGACGUUGGGAUGGUGGUGAGUAGGGUAGCAUGCCGGGACGCCAGACGAACACCACUCUCCGCAAGUGUUGGCUCGUUGAGGGGUCGGUGGUGGUGGCGGAGGAAGAGGGUAUGCGUAUGGUGCGGGUUGAUGAUGAGGGAUGGGAUAGUUGCUAUGGCCCGCUCGCGGAUUUGUUUGAAGUUUCUUGAGACCAAGCUGAUGCCGGGGAUGGUCGUUUCUCAGGCUGAUCCUUUGAAAACACUCUUGCGCCAAAUCGCUCUAAUGUUUCGUUUGUCAGAUGCCUGGGUGCUUUCGUCACCUCGAAAGACGAAUGGAAGACUGCGUUCACAGAAGAAAAACCGGGUCUGGAUCCUAAGGGCACCUGCCUGUCCUCCUCGUCGUUGCUAGGAAGGCAGGAGAAGGAUGGGCCGGGCGGGUCUGGAAGCGACGGUUGAUCUUUUAUGGGGAAUGGCUGUGCCCUUUCUGUCUGGGCUGGCGUUGAUCCGGUCCUCGCG